GUCCAAUGUCAGUGCCGCAGAGUCUUCCUGCGCGAAAGACUCAGGCCAGGAAUGCGUUGAGAAUGCCAGCAACUUCAGCAGGCUUUAUGCCACCUCUGACUGUCCUUUGCCGCCUUUGAUAACGGCUUCUGUGAGGAGGCCGCUCCACUUGAACAUGACCGGCCAAUGGGGAGCAGCGCUUCAGGUCAAAGAUUCCUCCGGCGAGGAGGUCGCCUGCGUUGCCUUUGCAUUUGCGCACUCGAUGCCGGAAGCGGAGCAAACUGCAGCAGGUGGCUCAGCUGUGCAUGCAGAAGCUUACAAAGACGACUCGCACCAGCGCGGUGCACAAGAUCAGACGUCUUUGCCGGAAGUUUCCUUCCAGCACAUUGGAAGCGGCCAAUUCUGUGAAGAUGGCGGGGACCUCCUAGAAGGUGCCCUGGACGACUACGGCGGCCUUUCCCCUUUUGGAGGUGCUCGAAGAGCGAGCGCCGACAGCUCCAUGUUUUAUGGCUCCAAGUGCCGCGAACGCUGCCGCCGCAGAGGCAACUGUC